AUGAAGAUUUUGCGGAAAUACGUGGAAAAGAACGGCUCCGGGUAAGGAUAAUAUAAUUUUGAUCGUUUAUCUUGAGUUUAGCUCCGUUACAUUGAUUUGUGAGGAAGAGGAGGAUGUUUGGCAUGUGUACAACCUGAUUCGGAUCGGGGAUCAGGUGCGGUGCUCGACUGUGAGGAAGGUUACACAAGAGACGCAGACCGGCUCGAAAAGCUCGCAGAGAAUGCAUGUGACAUUGACGGUGGUGGUCGAGAGCAUAACAUACGAUCCCACCGUGUGUGUUCUUCAUUUGAAAGGUGAGAGUUUGGUUUUUUUUUUGGUUUUUAGAGCGUGUGGCGAAUUUCUUCAAAAUUUAGUGCUCAUGAUGAAGGUUAAUAUAUUUUCGUGUGGUUUUUUGUGCGUAUAUUGAUUCAGCUGAUUCCUAGAUGUCAACCUCCCACUUUUUAACUCUUUUAAGCCUUUGUUUUUUUUCCUUGCCAAUCUUAUAUUACCCUAUUCCAGGUCGUAACAUCCAAGAAAACGAACAUGUCCGGAUGGGUGCUUAUCACACACUUGACCUGGAGCUUCAAAAGAGAUUCACAUUGGCCAAAGAAGAAUGGGAUUCGAUUGACUUGGAGCGUCUAGAGCUCUGCGCCGAUAUUAGCCAUGCAGCUGAUGUUGGAGCUGUUGUGAUGCAUGAAGGAUUUGCAAACAUCUGUCUGCUCACCAGUUCAAUGACUGUGGUCAAGGCUAAGAUUGAUAUGAAUGUAAGUUGCUAUUCUUCUGGGUAUUAUUCCGUCUUUAGAUUGCAAAGAAACGAAAAGGAUUCUCCCAACAUCAUGACAAAUCAGUUGAAAAGUUCUUCAACGCCGUUGUGCAAGCGUUUGUUCGGCAUAUCAACAUGGAACAGUUAAAAUGUGUGAUAGUGGCUUCGCCUGGCUUUCUAAAAGAGCAACUUGUCGAGAAAGUUUUGGAAUAUGCGGCUGAGAAUAAUUUGAAGGACAUCAUCUUGAACAAGAGUAAAUUCUUGCUGGUUCAUUCGACUAGUGGCUUCAAACACGCGCUCAAGGAAGUGUUAGCGGAUCCUAAUGUCAGCUCAAGGUUGGCCGAUACCAAGGUUAGUGGAUUGGUUUGAUUAUUGAAUAUUUUUUAUAUUGUACUAGAUGUUCUGUUGAAAAUUCUAUGUUUUGAGACUAAUGAUAAGAUUUUUUAGGCGCAAGCGGAAGUAAAAGCUCUCGAUACAUUCUUGGACCUUAUGAACAACGAUCCGGACCGAGCUUUUUACGGAUAUAAUCAUGUUAGACUAGCCUUGGACCAACUCGCCGUUGACACUUUAAUGGUCUCCGACGUCCUGUUCCGGUCGAGAAAUAUCGAACAAAGGAAAAAGUACGUCAAAUUGGUGGAUGAUGCCCGGGAUGGCGGCUGCAACGUUCUCAUCUUCUCAUCUAUGCAUGUUACUGGCGAACAGCUGGGUCAACUCACCGGGGUCGCUGCAAUUCUCAGAUUUCCGAUUGAGGGUGUGGAUGAUGUGUUUGAGGAGGAUGAAGAGGUCCUAGACCUUCCAGACGAACAGUGGGCUGACCCGGAUAACGUGAUCAACACCACGAUAUCACCGGAACCAACUGUGUAG